AGAGAGAGAGAGAGACGCAUCUAACCUUACCACAGACAGCCAUAAUCAACAUCUGAACCGAGCAGCUCGCUCGCGCACGCACGCACGCACGCGGAUAUUUCAGCUAUGAUUUGAGCAACGUUGGAUAAAGAACGGACUUUUUCUGCGUUUUUGAUGGGAGGAUUGAAACAGCAGAUGGUUUUAGCUGGAGUUAAACAACACUCCCACACAUAUAGACGCAAACACACAUAGAUGGUGGAAAUUGUUGUCCUCUUCGUUUUUUUGUUUGGGUUCUCCAAAGGGCCCGAUGUUGGAUAAAGGAUUACACACCACCCAAAAUAAUAAUUUUGACGGAGAUCGAGAUUAAAGAAGAGGAACUUCUUGAUUUAAGACUACACAAAGAAUUGGAUUCUUUGAGUUUUCCUCACCUUGUUUGGACUGUCAGUUUUGGAUCUAUGGAUGCUGUCACAAAACGAUUGAAUUAUUAAGGAAUUUUGCGUAUGACAACACGGGAGGAUUUGAUUUAAAGGGCCAUUCGCUCAUAAACUCGACAAGGCGACUAUCAAGGGCACAAUAUGCUCCCUUUGUCUCCGUAACAAAGCACAUUGUGCAUAUUCACAUCACUGUGUGCUUUUGUUCUGUUCUUCGACUUUGCCAUAAAAGUGGAAAUAUAAGCAUCUUCCCAAAAUUGUUCUUGAAUCGAUACUCGAUUUGUGCCUCCAGCCCCAGCAUUGCCUGUUUUUGACAAGCACUGAAUUUGCUUGGAGUCAGAUUACAUGCAACCAUUCCAAUGGUGUAACGGCUGCCUCUGUGGUCUAGGGUUGCAGCAUUCAGACUGUGAUAUGUCAGAGGAAGACAUCUACCGCCUGCCGCUCAAUGUGUACGUCAUAGUACUGGGCAUCGGCAUGUUCAUCUUCAUGUUGAGUGUAAUCUUCUGCUGCUAUCUUUUCAGGUUGAAACAGCAAGGCACAAGGGAACAGUACAGUUACAAUGAGGUGGUGUUGAAAGGAGCAGGAAAGAAGUUGAGCCUGCUGGGACAGCCCUGUGCCGUGUGUCUGGAAGAAUUCAAGACCAGAGAUGAGCUUGGGGUGUGCCCCUGUUCACACACCUUCCAUAAGAAGUGCCUGUUGAAAUGGUUAGAGAUCCGUAGCGUCUGCCCGAUGUGCAAUAAACCAAUCAUGCGCCUGCAGAAUGCCGAAACCCCGCGUGGAGCAGAAGGGGUCCAAGACCCCGAAGAAGUGUGAGCCCCCAAAACUGCACGGCCCAUGGCCAGAUUAGCACUCUCUAGUCCUGCGAUUGUCAGAACGUGUCACGUGAUCGGCCACGGCUCUCCAAAAGCCGCCUGUAUGCACCGCCACAGAGGAGCCCAUGAACUCCAGACAAGAACGUUCAACCUCCACUAGUGAUUAAGUACCAUAUUGCCAGUAGCCAAACAUAAUCUCCUAUAUAUUGUGCCACAAUUUGCUCUUAGUAUCACGCAGAGGUUCUUGCAUGCCGGGUAAUGGACAUCAAACGAGAGGUAAAUAUCUCAGGAGUUUGCCACAGGGGCUCUAUCCAAGCAACAAAUUUAAACAUCCACAAUUAAACUCCAGCUGUCCGCGGACAGAUAUAUACGUAUAUAUAUAUAUGAUAAUAGGGUGUAGGUAUAGUGCACUGUCUGUUUGACCGGUACUACGGAUCUUAACCGAGAUCUCGUGUAGUCCUUCAAGAAAUAUUAGAUGUAUAAACCGUAACCAGCAGUUUUUAUCCAACAUUGUGCUCAUUUGCUUGAAUUGUUUCCUUUUAAUUGUUAUUUUGUAUUGUUUGUUUUUAAAUAAAAUGUCAUGGUUUUGUGGUUAA